CUGAUGUCACAAGUGGUUUGAGCGAUGAGCCUAUAACUGUUGGAGUCGGUUUGUGUGACAGUCUGACAAACCCUGGACUGCUCCAGUGACAGACUGGGAUCUGCUGGCUACUGGCUAACACAACAAAAAGUAAUCAAUAUGUAUCACAUGAGGGUGCCUGUGCUUCUCCUCAUGCUGCUUGUGUUGCUGCGCUGCGUCUCCACUGCCCCAAGUUACAGGUACUUCAGUACCAGCUCAUCCAGUGAGCAGGAAAGUGCUCUCCCCGACAGUGACGGCUGGUUAGCUGCUGGCCUAAUCUCCAACCCAUUCCUUGGCCUUGUGGGUACACGGCCGCAAAGGGGGCUCACAGCUAUGAACAGUUUCUUUUAUCCUCCCAGUCACCACAUAGAGAAGAGGAAGUGCAACACAGCCACCUGUGUCACCCAAAGGCUAGCAGACUUCCUGGUCCGUUCCAGUAACACCAUCGGUACCGUCUAUGCACCGACCAAUGUGGGAUCUGCCACGUACGGCAAGAGGGACCUACUGCAGCCUCCCAUCUACCUGCCUCUUUAGUACCAACUGAGGAAGCUCCACCACCAUUCCCAGUGUUCUGACGAUAUAACCAGAUCUUAUUUAAUAAUGAUUUUGAGAAUGAUGCUAGUAAUGAUGACACUGAUGGUGACGGUGAUGAUUAUGAAGAGUUUUCUUGUUUAUUUUAUAAACUUUAAGAAACAGCCUUUAAUUUAAAACCAUCAUAGUCAAUGUGUUUUUUUUUCUGGCUUUGUGUGUGUGCUGUGGCUUUGUUAUUAUAUUGCUGUUCCACAAUGGCAAGAUGUGAAUAUAAAAAAUAAUCAAAGUAAAUAAUAAAACAAUAAAUAAAAGAAAACAGAUGUA